CCUGCAGGAAUGGCACCAGUAUGAUCUCUUUGAUCAUUCCUCCAAAAGACCAAAUUUCAAGGGUGGCCAAGAUGUUGGCGGAUGAGUUUGGUACAGCAUCAAACAUCAAGUCUCGUGUGAACCGCCUCUCAGUACUGGGAGCAAUUACAUCUGUGCAACAGAGGCUUAAACUCUAUAACAAAGUACCACCAAAUGGCUUAGUUGUUUAUUGUGGAACAAUUGUAACAGAAGAAGGAAAAGAGAAGAAAGUAAACAUUGAUUUUGAGCCUUUCAAACCAAUCAACACAUCUUUGUACUUGUGCGACAAUAAAUUUCAUACUGAGGCUCUCACGGCUCUACUGUCUGAUGAUAGCAAAUUUGGAUUCAUUGUAAUAGAUGGUAGCGGGGCACUUUUUGGAACCCUUCAAGGAAAUACAAGAGAAGUGCUACAUAAAUUCACUGUGGAUCUUCCAAAGAAGCAUGGUAGAGGAGGGCAAUCUGCUUUGCGUUUUGCACGUCUAAGAAUGGAAAAGCGCCACAAUUACGUCAGAAAAGUAGCAGAAACAGCUGUUCAGCUUUUCAUUUCUGGUGAUAAAGUAAAUGUAGCUGGACUUGUGUUGGCUGGGUCAGCUGAUUUCAAAACAGAGCUCAGUCAAUCAGAUAUGUUUGAUCAGGUGAGAUUUUUUUUUGAAUCCUAAUCGAUGUUGUUUUGAUGUAUUACAGCCAAAUCUGGAAUAUAGCAUAUUCGCUUUUUCCAGCACUCUAAGGUGAUGGUAAAACAGGAAAUAAAAGGGGAGAUACUUUGAUGAAAUUAGUCAGGACACAGGCAAGUACUGUUUCGGUGUUGAAGACACAUUAAAAGCUUUGGAAAUGGGAGCUGUAGAAAUUCUGAUAGUUUAUGAAAACUUGGAUAUUAUGAGAUACGUCUUGAGAUGUAAUGGUUCUGAAGAGGAGAAAGUCCUCUAUUUAACACCGGAGCAAGAAAAGGAUAAAUCACACUUCACUGACAAAGAGACUGGACAAGAACACGAGCUAAUAGAGAGUAUGCCUCUACUAGAGUGGUUUGCGAAUAACUACAAAAAAUUCGGAGCAACACUGGAGAUUGUUACAGACAAGUCACAAGAAGGAUCACAAUUUGUGAAAGGAUUUGGUGGUAUUGGAGGUAUCUUGCGGUACAGAGUUGAUUUCCAAGGAAUGGAAUACCAAGGUGGAGAUGAUGAAUUUUUUGACCUUGAUGACUACUAG